UUCUUCUCUUCAUUUAUUAGUCAGACAUGAGAAAACAAACAGAUGAUGCUCGUUAGGUUUCGUUUCUUGUCAUCUAUCAUCUCUAGAAGACAGAACCAUGUGAUACUCUCUUUGUGUAUGUCCCAUGCCUUCAAUGGUUCCAGGGUGGUUUUCAUUCCAUCAUCAAUCUAUUUAUACAUCCAGAGACAUAACCAAGUCUUCAAAUCACCAAGUAGUAAUUAAAGCAAUCGAAACAUUGAAUCUGAGCAUCUAACCUUUUUUCAGAAGCUUCAAAUUUCAAUUUUCCAGACACAAGAAAAUGGCUUUGUUUAGAGGUCUCUUGGGUGCAAAGAGGAUUAUUAACUUUUCUGUACCGGUUACAAGCAAAAGGACAUUUUCAGCACCAAAGGGGUUUCUUGCAGUGUACGUUGGUGAAGACCAGGUCCAGAAGAAGAGACAUUUGGUGCCAAUCUCAUACUUAAACCAGCCUUCGUUUCAAGCGCUUCUCAGCAAAUCCGAGGAAGAGUUUGGAUUUGAUCAUCCAAUGGGUGGCUUGACGAUUCCUUGUCCUGAAGAUACCUUCAUCAAUGUGACUUCCCAGCUUCAAUGAAGAUGUUCCAAAAGAAGAAGAAACUGACAUUAGUUAGCCCAAGUUAGAUAUAGAAUUAUUUAAUGUAAAUAUGUUAACAGUUUUCCUGUUUCUUUGUGAAAAAGAGUUAUUCAAGAGGUUAUAAUUUAAAAAUCUCAAAUGUCUAUGCCAUAUUUCUAAGGACCCAAACCAAUAUAAGAUUCUUGUUUUAUGACAAAUUAGCUUUUUAUCUCUU